AGGCUCUCGACGAAGCCUUGGAGACCGUCGAGCGAAAGGAAGAUGAGAAGCGGGAUGACACGGCCCGGAGAAAAUGACAGAUAGACUGUUCGUGGAUUGCGCAGUGAAUCGGCGGGAGAUCGUUCGAGUGCUCGGUAUAAGAGAUGCCGCGCGCUGGCACCAUGGACUCGCGCUGAGUUAUUUACAAGUGUUAUUUACAAGAGGAGCGUGACGUCUGUGAUAGUAUUUCUCAGCAUAGCUACGAAAGACAAAUCUGAUCGGCCCAGUGGUUAAUGCUAAUCCGGCGCGAGGAUGAUGAUGAUGGACAUGGGCAUGUACGGUACCUACGGCAAGCCUGACUCCUACCCGAACUACGGCUUCGCCAGCGGUCAUCACCACCACCACCACCAUCACCAGGCUACCGUCGCUCACCACCACCAUCAUCACCAGUCCGUCGGACAUGUGUCCGUGUCCUCGUCACCGGAGCUCGUGGCCACCGCCGCCGCCGCCGCCGCCGCCGCCGCAGCCCACUACUACCCCCAGACCCCGGCGAUCGCCCCGUACUCCUCGAGCAGCCAGAGCACCUCCGAGAACUUCCUCGCGGCGGCGAUCGACUCCAGCGCGGCGACGAGCAGCAGUACCCCGCCCCAGAGCUUUUACUCCGCGAGCGGCGCCCCGGUCCUCCACGAGGACGGCACCGCCAUCAUCUCCUCGGAGAACGGGCUGAGCUACACGAACCUCGACUACGCGAGCGUCUCCUCCUCCUCGUCGUUCGCCUCCCACAGCAGCUGUCCUGCCGAUCACCACCAGAGUUACCAGCAGCCCCAGCAGCACGUCUACAGGCCGGAGGAGCAGCACCGGCACCACCUGCACCACCAGGAGCUCCAGCAGCCCCAGCAUCACCAGUCUAGUCACGAGUCCAGCGAUUAUCAGAUCAGCCCGAGUUACCUGCACCAGCUGCCCGAAGACUCGCUUCAGCAGCAGCAACACUACGCCCAGACCACCGCCGGCAUCAGACAGGAUGCCUAUCCAGGUCAGCAGCAGCAGCAGCAGCAGCAGCAGCAGCAGCAGCACUUCAAAGAGGAAGCUCCGGACCACACGGUCUACCUCCAGCCGUCUCCCGUCCACGCGGUCCACCCUCACGGUCACAUCCACCCCCAGCACCACCAUCACCUCCAACCUCACCUCCACCAAACGCAGCCAACACAGCACCACCAGCAGCAGCAAGCACCGCAACAGCAGCAGCAGCAGACGCAAGUACCGACCUACAAGUGGAUGCAGGUCAAGAGGAACGUGCCCAAACCAGCCGCACCAAAGACGACGGCAGCCGUGGCCGGCGAUUUCGGCAGCGCAGCGACGGCCUCUGUCUCGAACGCGGUCUACCCCAGCAGUCUGUCCAGCAGCGGUUGCCUGGGCGGCAGCACCAACCCGGGCAGUCUCAGCCCAGCCGGGGGGAUGUCCCUCUCGGUAGCCGCAGCCGCGGCUGGCAUGUCCGCCGGCUUCAACAACACCGGCCGCACGAACUUCACCAACAAACAGCUCACCGAGCUCGAGAAGGAGUUCCACUUCAACAAGUACCUGACGCGCGCCCGCCGCAUCGAAAUCGCCUCGGCUCUCCAGCUGAACGAGACCCAGGUGAAGAUCUGGUUCCAGAACCGACGCAUGAAGCAGAAGAAGCGCAUGAAGGAGGGUCUGAUACCAGCCGCCGCCGCCGCCGCCGCGGCAGCGAGCGACGGAGCGACGGGCAGCACGAGGAGCACCAGCAACUCGCCGACCAGCUCGACGACGGGCCUAGACAUGGCCAUGGGUCUUCACGGCUUCGUCGGCUCGGAAAACAGCCGGGAUCCGACGCCACCGAAUACCUCCAAGGAAUGACGCUACGACUUCGCCGGCUGUUCGUAAGACGAGUGCGCGCGCGAGGGAACUGAUGCGAGAAUUGACUUUGACAUGUGUGACCGAGAUGACGAAAUGUAGGAUGAUUUUUUUUUCCUUUCUUUGUGCUGAUGAUGAAGAACUCGGUCGACGAUCGGUUUGGAUGUGGGAUAUCUAUACCAGUGAGUUACGUGUCGUAUUUAUAUGCUGUAGAUUUGAAUUUCUCGUAGAGAUAAUCGCGAUAUUCUUAUUCGUAGACGUUAUGCAGGAACGAUUUUGCGCUCUCGGCAACGAAAUUCAGGCAUUGCAAGGAGAAAAGUGAAAGCAAUGAUUAUUGGUAGCCGAACUACUACACUACCACUUUCACCGAUCACUUCGGCCGGAGAAAAACGCGCGAAUUGCGUAAUCUGCCAAUGAAGUGACUAUUCGUGGACAUUUGAAAUGUACAGUUAUUAUUAAUGUGUUGCGUGUACCAUAACGUGAGAGGGAGAGAGAGAAAAGAGGAGAAUCGAAAGUUUAUAAAAACAGCGCUUGGCAAAAACAAUGUUGGACGUACACACAAUUCUACGCCGCUCCGGCAUAGCGUAAUCGUUUAUGUACGCGAGACAUGUAACGACUUUUCGAUCAUAUUUUUAUUUAUCAAUAUUGUAUAGUGGAUUUCCUUGUGUUUUGAUGAUUCCUUUUUUUGUUUGGUAAAAAAUGAUUGCUCGCAGCAGUGGUGAUAUAAUGGUCUGCUAUGAUUUAACUGUGUAAAAAAUCUGACGAUUCUUUGUGUAAAUAUUAAUUAAUAGUUGAUGCGAAAUAAUCGAAAACCUUAUAUUACAAUGCACAAUAUCGAUGUUUCAAUACAGAUAACUUGCGUGAUUUGGUCCCAUGCGAGGACGAGCUAGUGACUCUAUUACCUACAAUAUACGUAAACGUAUAUGAUUGCGAGUGCUAAAUUUCAGACGCUUCGUUUAUUGUACAAAUCGAGAUUCUGUUGCCGAGUUUUGAAAACAACGCCGAUUCGAGCCGUCGCGAGUUUGUUGUAUGGUCAAUGAGCAAAAUAAAAAUUUCGUCCCGAAAGUGUUGCCGCCUUGAAACGCUCGAAUUACUCGAAUAACUAUAUAUACCGAUGAAAAAUGGUGAACCGAUGCUUAUACCAAGCCUGUGGAAAAGUCCUGCUCAGAAGACUGUACUACCUAUGCUUUCUUUCAAGAGAAAAGUGUUCUUUAAUUUAAUCGAUCCAACAAUUAUCGUAUUCGUUGAUAUCGACGCUCAACCAAAGAAAUAAAGAUGAUAAUGAGCUAGGUGGUAGGAUAAAUGGGGGAAAAAUUAUAGCGUAAUGUUCUCCAAGAAGAACGGGAGUGAUAAGAGUCAAGUAAUUGAUAAACAUCAACUGAAAUCACUCAGUGAAUAAUUUUUAUCUAUGAAAAUACAGCGAUAUUUUGAAAUUGAAAUUUAAUAAUAGCGCGAACCGUUUAAGCUUUGACGUUUUGAAAAUGUUCAUUGAUUUCAUCUGUACUUGAUCGACGAAGAAUUGUGACACUUCGAUUGUCAAAAUAAAAACUAGCGAACUUGAUAAAAGUAAUUGGAUAUCGUAGCUGUAUACAUAAUUUCCAUUACACGAUGCUCUGUGUAUGUAUUUAUAUGUAAAUAGGAACCUAUGCAAGUGUCGAUCCUGAACAGUUUCAAUGAGUACUGAGAUGGCUUAAUUUAUGUAGUAUGCAUUAAUAAUCUUGUUCUUGUAUAAAAUAUGGAAAAAAAAUUCCUCUCUGUAAGGGCUAUCGUUUGCUAAGCGUAAUAAAAGCAUGCAUUUGCAUAGGAGUCGUUAAGUAAGUAGAUUCAUAAUUCAAAAUUAAGUUUCGCCAGAAGCUUCAGUCAGGAAUCGAAAGAUUCGCACGAGCCUCUGUACCUAAGAAUUCCUAUUAUCGUAAAUUAUUGAUAGAAUAAUACUUCAUGUAGGAGUUAUAGAAAAAUAAAGUAUUAUUGCAUUUAAA